AUGGCGUCCCCCCAGGACUUCAAGUCUCUUCAGGACAAGAUCCAGGCCGCGCUCGUGGCCACUGUCAAGUCGGUCAACCGUGUCUCCGCCGAGGACCUGCCCUUCCAGCGCGCCGUCAACCCCAGCGUCGGCGACGAUCUCGACGCCAAAACCACACGGAUUCUCGAGCUCUCGACCACACUGCUCAAGUCAGCUGCAGAGGUCUGCGGAAUAAAUGCGCCCGAUCUCGAAGAUGCCGACGACGUGGAUAUGCGCUGGCGAAGCAUCGUGGACGUUGUCGACUCAGUCUUGGAGAAAGCCGACACAUCCAUUGACGAGUACACCGGAGCUUUGAAGAGGAAGGAUGCGCCUGCUGCUGAUGCCGCUCCCCAAUCGAAGAAGCCCAAGACGGCUGGAGGCGUUGUCCGCAGUGCCAACAUCACUAAACCCCAACUCCACUUCGAUCAGCCGGUCGACAACAACGCUCAAUGGAAGCCCCUCAUUACCAAAAAGCCCCAUGCUACGGUUUCUUUGGAGAAGAGCCUGAUCACUAGCGAAACAGAAGAGGGUUUUGUCCAGUACGACUACCAAACUUUCUUACCGUUGAUAUUUCCUAGAGUGCCUAGUUCCGACAAGGUCGCAUACAAGGCUGCAGCCAACUCGCGCAGGAGACUGGAGAAGUCACUAUUUCUCAAUGAUACUGACAGAAAGAUCAGAUACAAGCAUCCGUACGAAGCCGAAAUCCUCGAGGCGAAAUACCCCGACCGAGUCUACGAACAAGCCGAGCCGAUUCCAUGGCAGCCCGUCGAAGGUACGGAAGCUAUUUACGUCGACACAUACGAAGGGGUCCUGAAAAUGCUGAAGGACCUCAAGAAGGCCAAGGAAAUUGCCGUCGACCUGGAACAUCACGACUUCAGAACAUACGUCGGACUCACCUCGUUGAUGCAGAUAAGCACAAGAGAACAGGACUGGAUUGUAGACACUCUGAAGCCAUGGAGACAGCAGCUCCAGGUACUCAACGAAGUCUUUGCCGACCCCUGUAUAAUCAAGGUCUUCCACGGCCCAUUUAUGGACAUGGUUUGGCUGCAGCGCGAUCUCGGUCUGUAUGUCAACGGUCUGUUCGAUACCGGAAGUGCAUGCGAAGCGCUACACUACCCCCAAAAAAGCUUGGCAUUUCUUCUCAAGAAGUUUGUCAACUUUGACGCCGACAAGAAGUACCAACUUGCCGACUGGAGAGUGCGCCCCCUUUCUGACGAGAUGCUGUACUAUGCCCGUUCUGAUACCCACUUCCUGCUUUACAUCUACGACAAGAUGCGCAACGAGCUCGUGAUGAAGUCGGACAGGGGCAACCCCAGCACCGACUACAUCGAAAUGACGCUCCAGAAAUCCAAAACUCUCUCAUUGAGUCGGUAUGGUGGUGAGACGUUCGACCCCAAGUCUGGCAAGGGAAGCAAGGGCUGGUACAACACUCUUCUGAAGCACCCUAUGCCCUUUUCGGGCGAGCAAUUUGCCGUAUAUAGAGCCAUCUGGGAAUGGAGAGACGAGGUUGCACGGAAAGAGGACGAAAGUACAGCCUUUGUUAUGCCCAAUGGUAUCGUUGGCGAUAUCGCAAAACACAUGCCACCCGACGCCAAGGCUCUACAUGCACUGAUACCGAACCACGCCUUCAUCGCACGGAAAAAUGUUACGGAGAUAUGGACGCGCUACCAGGAGGCACGUGAAAGGGGCAUCAACGAACCGCGUCUGCUGGACUUUUUCAAGUCGGAGCUUCCAAGGGCCGCUGCUAAGCCUUUGGCAGUGGCUGCGAGCGAGGACACGGUCGAGGGAGCGCUGGAACCUGCCCUCCUGUCAGAGUCACAGCUGUUCGGCCGCAUGGCUCUGAGCUCGGCCUGGGAACAGCCAGCCUCUGCAGCUAAUGGCCUUGGAGAGUAUGUCAUGCUCCCGUGGCAGAAGUUUGUGCAAAAUGCGAAAACGGUCGAGGUCGCUCCCGAGGAAGAUGUUGCUAUGGAGGGAGGCGUCGAGGUCGAGGAGGAAGCCAAGGCUGCUGCGGCCGCUCAGCCCGCUGAGCCUGAGGUGGAGGAGGAAUUCACCCUCAGGGCUGGCACGAAACGGAAAGCCCCUGCAGCAGACGCUUCUGAUGUUAGCGACAACGAGUCAGAAUCCGGCGAGAGCUCCAUCGACAUCGUUUUGGAGCGGCCAGAGUCCGAGAGAAAGUCAAAGAAGCACGGCAAGACGGAUGCUGGCGAGCGCGAGGCAAAGGUGGCUGCGAAGAGAGCAGACAAGGUGGCGCGCUACACGGAAGAUUACGACAAGGCCGCGGCCGAGGUACAACGCUUGGAGAAGGAAGUUGCCAAGAAGAAGGCCGAGCCGGCUCAAUUGGAGGAGGCGAAGGAGACGGCCACGGAGAAGCAGAGAAAACUGCAAGGAUACCUGACGGCGAUCAAUAACCGCAAGUCCAAGACGGAGAAGAAGGCGGCGAAGAAGGCCGAGAAGGCUCAAAAGGAGGCGGAGAAGCAGGCGAAGAAGGAACAGAAGCGUGCCGCGAAGAAGGCUAAGAAGGAGGCGAAGAAAGCCGAGCAGCAGGAGGCUGACGGUGUGGACUCGAGCGACAGCAACGAGGAGGAGGAGACGUUUGACUACAGCAAGGCCACAUCGGUGCUCCAUGCGGCGAGGACAGGCAACCGCGGCAAGACACACGUCAAGCCGACGUUUGAUCCGUAUGCGAAGACGGGCGAUGAGCCGCUCAAGGGCGCGAGAAAGGCGCCGCCUCCCAGAGGUGAGAGGAGCGCUACGUUUAGGAAAUAG